UCUACUUUCUAAGUGCGCGUAUAGCUAAUAUUUUAUAUGAUAUUCAUAAUAAUUCUGAAGAGUGGUUUGCUUUUGCUGUGCACUGAUACGUUAGUAAUAUCGAUGUUCAAAGUUUUUGUGAAAAAUGGUUAAAAUUGAAAGAGCUUGCCCUGGCUUGGGCAGGCCGAAAAGUUCUACAGUACUCGCACCAUCCAAAAGUGGAUCGACUCAGAAUAUGGCUGCGAAUAUAAAAGUCGUGGUACGAGUUAGACCCUUGAACGAUAAGGAAAUGGACCUCAAUAAUCGUGUAGUGGUCGAUGUUGUUGAUGAUAAAAUGUUAGUAUUUGACCCCAAAGAAGAAAUACGACCAUUUUUCUACCAAGGCGUCCAACAGCCAAAUAAAAGUUUUCUAAAGCGCGCCAACAAAGAGUUGAAGUUUGUUUUCGAUAAUGUAUGUGGACAAAAUGCUACUAAUCAAGAUGUCUUUGAAACUACGACGAAGGAUAUGUUGACUUCCUUAAUGGAAGGUUAUAAUUGUUCGGUGUUUGUUUACGGAGCUACUGGCGCGGGAAAGACAUUUACUAUGAUUGGGAAUAAGGAACACCCCGGAAUUACUUACUUGACAAUGGAACAUUUAUUCUAUACUAUUAACUCAUUUGAGAAGGAGAGAGAAUUUGACAUUGGUGUUUCAUAUAUAGAGGUGUAUAAUGAGAGUGUAUACGAUUUACUCAAACCUUCUAACACACCUCUACAACUGCGAGAGGAUUCCAAAUAUGGUGUGAUGGUGGCAGGGCUGACUCUCAACAACAUAAAGACAGCUCGGGAGCUUCUAAACAUGUUAGAAAAUGGCAAUAAAAAUAGAACGCAACAUCCCACAGAUGCAAAUGCUGAAAGCUCUAGGAGUCAUGCUGUUUUUCAGGUAUAUGUUAAAAUGCGGUACAAAACAAGCAGUCAGCUACGUCUUGUCAAGCUCUCCAUGAUAGACUUAGCUGGCAGUGAACGUGCUUCUGCCACCGGGUGCGUGGGUGAGCGCUUCAAAGAGGGUGCUAAUAUCAACAAGAGCCUACUGUCUCUUGGCAAUUGUAUUAACAAAUUGGCAGAUGGUAGCAGUUACAUACCUUAUAGAGAUUCGAAGUUGACACGCCUCCUCAAAGAUAGCCUUGGCGGUAAUUGUAAAACUGUUAUGAUUGCAAAUGUAUCUCCAUCGAGCAUAAGUUACGAAGACACAUACAAUACAUUAAAGUAUGCAGCAAGAGCUAAUAAGAUACAGCUUAGCAUAAAGAAGAAUAUUGUGGAUGGUGAUAUGAGGUUGUCACAGUAUGUGAAGAUAAACGAAGAAUUAAAGAAAAAAGUUAAAGAAUUGGAAGCGAAACUUACACUUUGUGCUGUUAAAACGGUCCAUAAGGAACCUAAUGUGGUCAAGGAUAAAGAAAAACAUGAGUGGCGCCGCCGCAUCACCGAGGAGGAGCUCGCUCACGGCGCGCUAGAGGCCCGCCUGCUGACCCUCAUGAGUCAGCAGCGCGUGCUGACGUUGCGCCAGCGCCUGCGCACGCGCGCCUUCUCGCACGUCGCCGACCUCGCGCACCGCUCCUCCAGCGACGCCAUGGAGCAGAUGUGCACCGAAGAAAUCCCGAGACAGGAGCGUGCGGCAGAAAACUAUUUAAGACAGUCUGUCAAUUUAGACUCCAAAAUAAUGGCCGCUUGGACCAAAUGGAAUGAGAGCCACAAGAAGAUACAAAUACUUCUUAAUGAAGCCGUAGCGUGUUGUCCUGACUUGAAUGACUUCGUCGAAAAAGUACAGAUGCAAAGUGAAAUACGUCACCUCCGAGCGAGGGACAAUUUACGGUACAAAUUGCUCGCUAUAGAGAAUGACGAGAUCAAUGCGUUUACGGAAUACAUGAGUGAUAUGCCUAAUAUGCUUAAAAAAUUAUAUUUGACGUUGAAAGGUUAUGACAAAGCGCCACCGGCGCUGACGGCUGAAUACCUGGAGAUUAUGAAGAAAGCGAAAUCUGCUAAAGGAAUCACUUGGUCAGAUAAAGACACGGAGAGUGAUAGUCAUUUCAAAUUUCUAUCAACUUUGGACUUGGACAAACCUACAACAACAAUGGACUAUAAUUUAGAUAUAAAGGAUAUGAAUUCCACUGUUGAUAUAGUUACAGAUAGUGAUGAUUUGACUGACAUCGAAAACUGUGAACCCGUUCUCUCAAAGAAACGCAAAGGAACACCUAUUAAGCUGGCUAAUAACGAAACUAUCAUAAUAAAUGACUCGCUGGAGAGUUUGGACACUACAAGGAAUCUUAAUUCGGCGAAGAAAAUGAAAAUGAACUUAAAUGCCGCUCUCGAUGUAGAGAAUUAUGUCUCGUUAGAUCCAAAUGAAUUAAAUUCCACCUUUGUGCUUGCGGGUAAAGUUGAAGCAUGGAAAAAUUUGCCUGUGAAACCAGAGUUGAAGGCUGAAGUCCAACCUAUGAAAAAGGGGCUAGUGGAUAGAACGAACACCAUGCCUCGGACUAUAACUUUCAAUGACAACAAAGGACGGGUGGUGCGGCCGGCGGUGGGCAAGGCGCUGCCGCAGCGCCGCGUGACGCCGCGCCCGCCCGGGUUCGGCUCGAGCCUGUCGCGCGACGGCACGCCGCUCCAGCGGACCGUGCAGGCAGUUCGAGCACGAGAGAGGGUGCAGGCGCAUCCGUACUCGAGACCCGCAGCCAUCAACUCGAGGAAGUGACCAGUGACCACCGGUCUCCAUCACUGACCAGCAGUGACCUCCACUAAUCACUACCGACCACAAGUGACCGUAAGUCAUCAUCAGUGACCACCAGCGACCAUCAGUGACAAUCGGUGAUCAAAGGACAUUGCAAUAAAUGUAUUUGUUUAAAGGCAGUAAGUGUUGAUAAGAUAUAUCGUGAAGUAACUUUAAUUAUUAAUUAUUAUAAGAUUAUGUAAAAUUGUAAAGGUAAUUAGACAUUAUUUAAACAGUAAUAUAAAAAGGAGAAUUACAACUAGAAGUAUUGAUCGCUGAUAUUGUUUAGGAAUUAGGAACAAUUAAUAUGGUAUCUUUAUAUAAUUAAAAACAUUAUUUUAAGAUACAUUACGAGCCGAUAAAGUAACUUAAUCAAAUAAUAAAGUAUCUAGCGAAGUAAAACUUGCGAAUGGAUUAGUUUUCCGUAUUUGAGCGAAGUUUCAUCAAACUGAAACACUGUGGGUCUGCGGAUUCUUCUACGUAUGCGGGGUGUAAAGUUGUUUCCACACGGAACUGCCUUCGAUAUAAUAAUAUA